GAGAAAGUACCUGCCACGUGACCUUUCUAGAACAUUCCAGACACGUGUUUCCAGAUCCUUCCUCCGCCAGCCAGCAUUAAAGCCGCGCUCGCGCUCUCUGCCACAUCGCAAUCGUCUUUCCUCGCAGAAAGAGCUUUGACGCAUUCCUCCCGUUUCGAUUACAUUCCCACGCGAGCAUCGGUGCUAUCAACUUUCGUCGCAUUCAAGGUGCCAUCGAGAAGACUUGACUCGAGAUGGGAAAGGACUAUUACAAGAUCCUGGGCGUGAACCGGGACGCCACGGACGACGACUUGAAAAAGGCCUAUCGAAAGCUGGCCCUCAAAUAUCACCCAGACAAGAACAAAUCCCCCGGCGCCGAGGAGAAGUUCAAGGAACUCGCCGAGGCCUACGAAGUCCUCAGUGACAAGAAAAAACGGGAUAUCUACGAUCAAGUAGGCGAAGAAGGCUUGAAAAACGGCGGACCGGGUUUCACGUCCGGCGACAACGGCCAGGGCUUCACCUACACCUUCCACGGCGACCCCCGCGCCACCUUCGCCCAGUUCUUCGGCGCUUCCAACCCCUUCGAGAGUUUCUUCCGCGGCUUCGGAUCCGGCCUGGGCGGCCAAUACCAAUACCAGGACGACGUCGUCAUGGACGACGACGACCUCUCGAACCUCUUCGGGUCGAGAGGACGCCGCGCCCCGAAGCACCGCGCGGAACAGGACCCUCCGGUGGAGCACAACCUCCACGUCUCCCUGGAGGACAUCCUCACCGGCUGCGUCAAGAAGCUGAAGAUCUCCCGCCGCGCCCUUGCCACCGACGGCUCCCCCCGCCGCGAGGAGAAGCUCCUCCUCGUGGAGGUGAAGCCCGGCUGGAAAGCAGGCACCCGCGUCACCUUCCCCCGCGAGGGCGACGACAUCCCCGGCAGGAUCCCGGCCGACGUCGUCUUUGUCAUCCGCGACAAGCCGCACCCGCUCUUCACGCGGGACGGAUCAGACAUCUGCUACAAGGCCACCCUCACGCUCAAACAGGCCCUCUGCGGAACGCUGGUGGAAAUCCCCACCCUCGACGGCCGAAAGUUCCCCCUGGACCUGACGGACCAGGUGAUCCGGCCCGGCGCGAAAAGGCGGAUCCCGGGCUUGGGCCUACCGAAGCCGAAGGAGCCGGGACGGAAGGGAGACCUGGUCGUCGAGUUUCACGUCCAGUUUCCGGAGCGACUACCGUCCGGGACGAGAGACAUUCUGAGGGACAUCCUCCCGUGAGAAAACUAUUUGAGAACCAUUCGUGCUAUUUCAAGUAUCGACCCGUGUUCUGUCGAUGUGAUCGUGCGUUUGCUGGUCUUAUGCAGUGCGUGAUUUUUUUUUUUUAUAUCUGUGAUAAUAUUUAAGGUCGGAUGG